GUUUUCCUAAGCUAAGUAGCACUUGAUAUACCUUUCUACUGCACAGCGACCUUAGUCGCCUUUAUCCGAUUGCUACCCUUCUCCGGUUGCGUGUUGCAACACGUGCCCAUUGAUGUCAGUCGCACUUCACAAUCACAGUUAGCACUGCAUACCCGGUUCGAACACACUUGCUAGCCAUGGGUGCGCUGCGUGGUUGUUGCGCCCAUGCGUUUAGCCAUCUGACAUGGGCCGAAGUCAGCGGCUCGCUUGGGGACCUGGGAACCUUUCUUCCCUUACUGAUCGGAUUGGUUCAAAAGGUGAACCUGGAUCUUGGAACCACCCUCAUCGUGACAGGCAUCUACAAUCUGGUGAGCGGGCUGCAGUUCCGCAUCCCCAUGUGCGUGCAGCCCAUGAAGACCAUUGCGGCGGUGGCGCUGGCGGCAUCGCAGCCCGCGCUGACGCUGUCUCAGCUGCUGCAUGCGGGGUUGUUCGUGGCGGGCUGUGAGCUGCUGCUGGGGGCCACACGACUGGUGGACGUAGUCAACCGCUUGGUGCCGGCCUCCGUGAUUCGCGGAGUGCAGCUGGCAGUGGGAGUCAAGCUGGCCAUGAAGGGGAUUGACAUGGCUCUGCGUAUCCACGUCACGGCAGCAGCAGCAGCGGGGACAGCGGGGGCAGCGAGCAGCAGUGGCAGCAGUGGCAGUGAGGUACGGUGGAGACCGUGGUUGGGCCCGGAUGGCCUGAUUGUGGGUGCGACGGCGCUGUUGCUGCUGUUCGUGAGCACCAUUCCAACGAGGGAGCCGCAGCAGCAGCUGGAGCAGCAGCGACCGCAGAGGUACAAGAAGCAGAGGGUACAGCGGCAGACGCAGGAGCACGCUUCGACGGUGGGAGGGCAAGAGGGCGAUACGGAAGGGGCUGCUGCUGCUGCUGCUGGCGGCAGUGGCAGCGGUUGCGGCGGGAGUUGCAGUCGUAACGGUCGCCCCAGCGACGCAACGACGACGACACUCAUUGACGAGACGUCGCGACUGUUCCAAUUAGCGACUGAUGACGGCGACGGAAGGUCGGCGGCGGCGGCAGUGGCGGCGACAGGUACGACUAUUACGGAUCUGGAGGCGGCGCCGUCGUCGAGGCGACCGGAACAGGUCGGCAGCACCAGUGGCAGUAGCAAUGGCAGUGCCGCUGGCGGCGGUGGCGGCGGCGGCGGCAGUAACGUCCAAGACAGCAGCAGCAGCAGCAGCGGCUGUUGCAAAUCGCGUCCCGCCCCCACAGCGCUGUUGGUGGUGGUGGUGGGCCUGAUGCUGACGGUGGUCAGCCGCCCCGGGCUGCUGGCGGAGCUAAGGCUGGGCCCCAGCACCCCCCGCCUGCUGCACCCCAGCUGGCCCGACCUGCGCGAGGGCGCGCUGCGAGCCGGGCUGCCGCAGCUGCCGCUCACCACCCUCAACUCCGUCAUUGCGGUCACGCAGCUGGCGACCUGCCUCUUCCCGGACAGACCCUCCGACGCCCCCCGCUGGCGCCCCUCCUCCGUCGCCCUCUCCGUGGGUUUGCUCAACCUGUUCGGCUGCUGGCUGGGAGCACUGCCCUGCUGCCAUGGGGCGGGUGGGCUGGCAGCACAGUACAAGUUCGGCGCGCGUACGGGUGCCGCCCCCAUCCUGCUGGGCUGUCUGAAGGCCGCCCUAGGACUGCUGUUCGGAGGCAGUCUAGCAGCGCUGCUUCAGAGCUUCCCGCAACCGCUGCUUGGGGCGCUGCUGACGCUUUCCGGGGUGGAGCUGGCGGCGUCGGUGCGGCAUACCAGAAGCGCGCGCGGCUACAGCUACGCGCUCCUGACGGCAGCGGCCAUCCUAGCGCUGGACAACACGGGAACGGGGUUCCUUAUCGGUCUGGCGGCGGCGGCGGCGGUGGCGGCGCAUGAGACGCUGGCGGAGGCGGCGAUUGUACGACAGGUGCUGUACGGCUGGCGUCACUGGC